AUGCCGCUCAACCGAAGCAGGAGCAUCUCUUGGCCCUCAAAGUGAUGCGAUUAACCAAGCCUACUUUGUUCACCAAUAUCCCCGUGACCUGUGAAGAGAGAGACUUGCCAGGAGACCUGUUUAACCAGUUAAUGAAAGAUGACCCUUCCACUGUAAAAGGGGCAGAAACACUAAUGCUUGGUGAAAUGCUGACUUUGCCUCAGAACUUUGGAAAUAUAUUCUUAGGAGAGACAUUUUCCAGCUACAUUAGCGUACACAAUGACAGUCACCAAGUGGUAAAAGACAUUUUGGUAAAGGCUGACUUACAGACAAGUUCGCAGCGUUUGAAUCUUUCAGCCUCCACUGCUGCAGUGGCAGAACUCAAACCAGACUGUUGCAUCGAUGACGUCAUUCACCACGAAGUGAAAGAAAUAGGGACACACAUAUUAGUGUGUGCCGUAAGUUAUACCACACAGACAGGUGAGAAGAUGUACUUCAGAAAGUUCUUCAAAUUUCAGGUUCUCAAGCCCUUAGAUGUGAAAACUAAAUUCUACAAUGCUGAGAGUGACCUCAGUUCUGUGACUGAUGAAGUCUUUCUGGAAGCUCAGAUUCAGAAUAUCACAACCUCUCCCAUGUUUAUGGAGAAGGUUUCAUUAGAACCUUCUAUUAUGUACAAUGUUGCAGAAUUAAAUGCUGUCAGCCAAAGUGGGGAAAGUACGUCCACGUUUGGGACGAGGACGUAUUUGCAACCUAUGGACACGCGUCAGUAUUUAUACUGCCUAAAACCAAAGCAGGAAUUUGCAGAGAAAGCAGGAGUCAUUAAAGGCGUAACAGUAAUUGGAAAGUUAGACAUCGUAUGGAAGACAAAUCUGGGAGAAAGAGGAAGGUUGCAAACUAGUCAGCUCCAAAGAAUGGCCCCAGGUUAUGGGGAUGUGAGGCUUUCGUUGGAGACCAUACCAGACACAGUAAAUCUGGAAGAACCUUUUGAUAUUACAUGUAAAAUAACAAAUUGCAGCAGCGAAAGGACCAUGGAUCUGGUUUUGGAAAUGUGCAACACUAACUCCAUUCACUGGUGUGGCAUAUCGGGAAGACAGCUUGGCAAACUGCACCCUAUUUCAUCCCUCCACUUGACACUUACACUGCUAUCUUCAGUACAAGGGCUACAAAGUAUUUCCGGCUUGAGAUUAACGGACACCUUUUUGAAGAGAACGUACGAGUACGAUGAUAUUGCCCAAGUCUGCGUGGUUUCUUCAAAAAUAAAAGAGAACUGAAAGAAAACGAUCUUUUGUUGUUUUUAAU